UGGUUCAAAACAGGAGAUAUUGUCAUAGAAGAUGAAGACAAAUAUCUCUACAUCGUGGACCGACUAAAGAACAUGUUCAUCAGUGGUGCAGAAAAUGUUUACCCAGCCGAAAUCGAAAAAGUAUUGAGACAACUACCUGAUAUACAGGAGUGUGCCGUCAUCGGAGUGAAAGAUGAAAAAUGGGGAGAA